ACAACCAAGCCUGUUACUAGCACAACGACUACUUCUAAGGCGACCACGACUACUUCAAAAGCGACCACGACCACAAAGUCGACAACCAAGCCUGCCACCAGCACGACGACGUUAACGGUGACCACCACUCCCAGUACUAGUAAGACUACAACGACGGCUGUCACAUCAACUACAACCAAGUCCAGUGCUUCAACCACAGCAACGAGCAGUAGCACAAGCGUGAGCACAAGCGUAAGCACGACCAGGUCCACGACGUCGUCAACAACGAGCAAGCCAACCUCAUCAACGACAUCGUCGAGCGCAAGUGUGACCAGCACCACGACUUCAAAGGUGAUAACCAGCACCACAACGAAACAGACCAAGACCACGAGUGUGCCAGUGACAAGCACAACCAAGAGCAUCAGCACCACCAAAUUUUCCACAAAGACUCGACCAACCAAGCCCCCAGUGACGCCAACCUCGAGUACAACGACCUCGAGUACAACGACCAAGCCUUUUGGUUGGAUCGACUGGGCGAGGCCGACUCCUCCGCCUGAGGAAUGGCAGGAGUGGCAACAGGGCGGCGGCAACAACAAUAACGGGAACAAUGACGAUCACGGCAUACCCUGGUGGCACAAGGACAGUGACAACAAGGGCGUGCCAGGAUGGAAGCAUGAGGACCAGAACAAUGACAACGGGCAGCCUGACUUUUGGUGGGCGUGGAAAGGAGGAUGGAAGGAUUGGAAGCAAGGUUCCAACGAGGUCAAGGAAAAACCCAAAGGAUGGAGAUGGGGAUGGGGACAGGGCCAGAAGGGGAACAAGAAACCCGGUAUGUGGGUUGAUUGGUUCAACAGAAACAAGAACAAGAACCCUGGCGAAGACAAGGUGGAGCAAAAGGGGAAGAGAGAGUUUGUGCCCCGUGGUGCUGGUGCUGCACGCAACGUGAGAUGGUGAUGAUGGAGGCAAGGAGCAAAGACGGAAAUAAAAGGAGAAGAAAAGAAAAACAAAACACAAAAAGGGCGAGACUGUUCGCAGGAAUUGUUGGCCGUUUCCUCAUAAUCUUUCGUGGAGAGAGGCUAUCGUAAGGCAUCAGGGAACAAGCAUUUAUAUCUUCGAGGAGGGCCGAGAUUUAAUUGUCGAGGUUUCUAUUUUUAUCUAUUCAGACAUUCCUUCACCAACUCAGGU